GAAAGCUUUUCGCACGCAGUUCACUUUACAUCGCGUUCUAGUUCAGUUGUAUAGAAAAUAAAAAAAAAAUAUUAAUUAUUUUUUUUUUAAUAUAUAAGGAAAACGGAUCGCGAUUAUCCUGUGAUAAUAACAAAAAAAAAAAAACAACAAAAAAUAGAAACUCACGCACAAAAAGUGUAAAACGAACUUUUAGUUUUUAAGUCGUUUUUUAUGAUUUUUUUCUAAGUGAAUUUUUAAUAUUUUUAAAAAAAUAUUAAAAAAAAAAAAUAAAAGAAAAUUUUUAAUGAAAAAUUAGUUAAAACAAUUUUUUUUAAAAAUGAGUAUAACUAAAGAUAUUGCGACUGAUCCAUCAAUUGUCAGUCCAACUAGUGUCUUUUAUUUUCUAUUAUUACCAACAUUAAUAUUAUGGUUCGUUUAUUGGAAAUUAUCUCGAAGACAUUUAUAUGAAUUAGCUGAAAAUAUUCCUGGUAUUUCAGGAUUACCAAUUGUUGGAAAUUUAUUUGAUGUUUUAGGAUCACCACAUCCUGUUUUCUUAAGAUUUUGGCAAUUGGCAUAUGAAAUACCAAAUCUUGCUAAAAUGUGGAUUGGACCAAAACUAUUUAUAUUUUUAUAUAAUCCAGAAGAUAUUGAAUUAGUAUUAAGCAGUCAAACACAUAUUGAUAAAGCAACUGAUUAUCAAUUCUUUAAACCAUGGUUAGGAGAUGGUCUUUUAAUUAGUACAGGUCACAAAUGGCGUUCCCAUAGAAAAUUGAUCGCUCCAACAUUCCAUUUGAAUGUGUUAAAAGGUUUCAUCGAUUUAUUUAAUGAAAAUGCACGUAAUGUUGUUGAUAAAUUGAAAAAAGAAGGAACUAAAACCUUUGACGCUCAUGAUUAUAUGAGUGAAGCUACAGUUGAAAUUUUAUUGGAAACUGCUAUGGGUGUUCCAAAGAAAACACAAAAAUCUGGUUAUGAAUAUGCUCUUGCUGUAAUGAAAUUAUGUGAUAUUUUACAUAUGCGUUCACGUGGUAUAAUUUGGCGUUCCGAUUUUCUUUUCUCAUUAAGUAAAACAUUUAAAGAACAAGGACGUCUUCUUGAUAUUAUUCAUGGUCUUACUAAUAAAGUUGUUGCAUUAAAAACUGAUGCUUUUAAGAAAGGUGUUCGUGGUUCAUUAGCUACCGUAUCAAAAGAAAGUGUUACAUCUGUAUUUAGUUCAAAACAAAGUCCAAAUAAAGAAUCUAGUGUUGAAGGUUUAUCAUUUGGUCAAUCAGCUGGAUUAAAAGAUGAUUUAGAUGUUGAUAUGCCAGAUAAUGAUAUUGGAGAAAAGAAACGUUUAGCAUUCUUAGAUUUAUUAUUAGAAAGUUCACAAAAUGGUGGUUUAAUUACAAAUACCGAAGUAAAAGAACAAGUUAAUACAAUUAUGUUUGAAGGACAUGAUACAACAGCAGCUGCAUCAUCAUUCUUUUUAAGUUUAAUGGGUGUUCAUCAGGAUAUCCAAGAAAAAGUUAUCGCUGAAUUAAAUGAAAUCUUUGGUGAUUCUGAUCGGCCAUGUACAUUCCAAGAUACACUUGAAAUGAAAUAUUUGGAAAGAUGUUUAAUGGAAACAUUAAGAAUGUAUCCACCAGUACCAAUUAUCGCUAGACAUUUAAAUGAAGAUUUAAAAUUAAAGAGUGGACCAUAUACAAUACCAAAGGGUGCAUCAGUUGUUGUUACAACAUAUAGAUUACAUAGAGAUCCAAAUAUAUAUCCAAAUCCAGAUGUAUUCAAUCCAGAUAAUUUCUUACCAGAGAAACAAGCUAAUCGCCAUUAUUAUGCAUUUAUACCAUUCUCAGCUGGUCCAAGAAGUUGUGUAGGUCGUAAAUAUGCUAUGUUAAAAUUAAAAAUUUUACUAUCAACAAUUUUACGUAAUUAUCGUGUUUUCUCUGAUCUUAAAGAAUCUGAUUUCAAAUUACAAGCUGAUAUCAUUUUAAAACGUGAAGAAGGUUUUAAAGUACGUCUUCAACCACGACAAAGAUUAGUUGAAGUUACAGCUUAAGUUUAUAUUUUUGAAAAUAGUAACAUUAUAAAAAAAAAAACUUAUAUGCAUAAAAAAUUAAAGAACAAACAAUGUAAAAAUAUAUUACAGUACAUUUAUGACAGCAAAUAUUUACAAAAAAAAGAUCUUCAAGAAUAACUUUUAUGAUAUAAAUAAAUUAUAUAACAUACAAACACAGCAGAACAAAUUCACAAUUAAUAACAUCAAAUGGAAAAGAAAAAUCUCCAAAAAUUUCUUCAAAAUAUUUAAAAAAUAAAAGUAAAUUUCUUUUUGUACAGGGUGAACACUUUUUGUUUAUUUAGGAGUAUUACUACAGGGUGAAUUUGAAAUUUUAUUUAUUUUUAAAAAAUUCGUUCUUAUAAUUAUUUAUAAAUUGUAAUCAUGUAAAAACAACGAAUUUAUAUAUGAAAUUUCUUUUAAUAUUUUAAUUAAAAAAUAAAUUUAGAAAAAGGUUUAAGAAA